GACAAAAUGAUUUGACAAAAUGGCCAUUCCCUUUAAUUAUCUACAACUCUUAUUUUGGUCUCCGCAGCCCCUUGCAACCUCUCCCACCAUUUUAUCUCCUCCCAAUCUUCUUCUCUCUCAAAUUGUUGGUUUCUUUGUUAGCACGAAAGAAACUGCAAAAAAAAAUAGUCACAUAUUUGAGAUUUGUUGAAUUCUGUGACUCAGAUUGAGAGUUUGGAAGGAAGCAAAAAAAAAAAAAAAUGGCAUUUGCAGGAACAACCCAGAAAUGCAUGGCGUGUGACAAGACUGUGUAUCUGGUGGACAAGCUCACUGCUGAUAACCGCAUCUACCACAAGGCCUGCUUCAGAUGCCAUCACUGCAAAGGCACCCUCAAGCUUGGCAACUACAAUUCCUUUGAAGGGGUUCUGUACUGCAGGCCACACUUCGAUCAGCUCUUCAAAAGAACUGGAAGUCUGGACAAAAGCUUCGAAGGAACACCUAAAAUUGUGAAACCGGAAAAACCCAUUGACAGUGAGAAACAAAAGGUCUCUAGCAAGUUUGGGGGAACAAGAGAAAAAUGUCUCGGCUGUAAGAAUACUGUCUAUCCUACUGAAAAGGUUACUGUGAAUGGAAUUGCGUACCACAAGAGCUGCUUCAAAUGCACCCAUGGAGGGUGUGUGAUCAGCCCAUCCAACUAUAUCGCGCAUGAGGGCCGACUUUACUGCAAGCAUCACCACACCCAACUCAUCAAAGAGAAAGGCAACUUAAGCCAGCUUGAAGGCGACAACGAGAGGGAUACAGUGAAUGAGAAAGCCAAAGUCACAGAAGUUGCUGCUGAGACAUAAUCCAGUGAACGAAUUAUUUGCCCUUUCACUUCCUGCAUUAUCUUGUGUUUUCCGCAGUCCAUAUUGAUGCAAUUCCUUUUAUGGUCCACCUCUGCCCUGCUGUUGACAAUAGCUUUAUGCUUACAACAAUAAACGGAAAUCUUAUUGUUUCCGGUUGAUGUGUGUGACAAUGUGUGUUAUUUUUGUUGCUCUUGUGAGAUUGUGGAAAGUGGAUGCUCAGGUGAGAUAACAAAACUAGUUUCAUUCUUGGUAUAACAGGAGUUAUGUUCUUUUUGGUA